AUGUCUCAAUGCGGUUCUUCAAAGGGAAAGAGUAGUGGUCUGAACCAGCACUAUGAAGAGAAGGUGCGUCCAUGCAUUGACCUAGUGGACUCUCUCAGGUCAUUGGGUGUUGAAAAGGACCUGAACCUGCCAGCUAUUGCUGUCAUAGGUGACCAGAGCUCAGGAAAGAGUUCUGUGUUGGAAGCCCUGUCUGGAGUGGCCCUGCCUAGAGGAACAGGUAUUGUGACACGAUGUCCUCUGGUAUUGAAACUGAAGAAAAUUACAAAGGGCAAUAACUGGCAUGGAGUGUUGUCAUAUAAGAAACAAGAAAAGACACUAAAAGACCAAGCGGAAGUAGAAAAGGCUGUCUUAAAUGCUCAGACAGUAUUGGCUGGAGAAGGUGAAGGGAUCAGUUCUGAUAUGAUCACUCUGGAGAUCCAGUCCAGUGAUGUUCCUGACCUCACUCUCAUCGACCUGCCAGGCAUUGCUAGAGUUGCCACUGGAAACCAGCCAGUAGACAUUGAGGAACAAAUAAAAAGUCUAAUUGAAAAGUUCAUUAAAAGACAAGAGACCAUCAGUUUGGUUGUGGUGCCUGCAAACAUUGACAUUGCCACCACUGAGGCACUGCGGAUGGCAUCCAAAGUCGAUUCAACCGGACAAAGAACUCUGGGUAUUCUGACUAAGCCAGACUUAGUGGACAAAGGCAUGGAGGAGACGGUGAUCAAAACAGUCAAUAAUCAAGUAAUACCACUGAAGAAGGGCUACAUGAUCGAAGGUCAGCAAGAUAUCAAUGAAAAACUUAAUCUGGUCCAAGCUCUGAAAAAAGAAAGACAGUUUUUUGAUGGACAUUCUCAUUUCAGGUCUCUUCUUGAAGAUGGAAAAGCUACAAUACCCCUUCUUGCAGAAAGACUCACAAAAGAAUUGGUUGAACACAUUGCUAAAACACUGCCACAGCUGCAGAAACAACUUGAGAUGAAAUUAGAGAAGACGUCUGAGGAUCUUAAAACGCUAGGAGAUGGAGUUCCUCUUGAUGAAAAUGAGAAGAGCAAUUUUCUGAUUAUGAAAAUUCGCCAGUUCAAUGAUGCUCUUGAAGGAGUAAAGAGGGCAGAAGAAGAUCUGAAAACCUCAGACACAAGGGUCUUUUCCAAAAUCAGAUGGGAAUUUGGAAAAUGGAAACUUGCCCUGGAUUCCAAAGCAAUUAAGACGGAGGAAAUCCUCAGAGAUGAGGUAGAGGAGUAUGUUAGGACUCGUAGAGGAAAGGAGCUUCCUGGAUUUGUGAACUAUAGAACCUUUGAGAACAUUGUCAAGAAACACACUGAGGAGCUAGAGGAGCCUGCUUUAAAGCUGCUCAAAGACGUCACAGAAAUUGUUCACACCUGUGUGGACCGUAUAGUUAACUCUCAUUUUAAUGCCUUCUCUCACCUGCUGAGGGCUGCUAAAGAUCCAAUUGAAGAUUUUCUCGAGGAGCAGUUUCAGAAAGCUGAGGAGAAAAUACAUUCUCAGUUUAAGAUGGAGAAAAUUGUCUACUCCCAAGACGAACUCUACAGUAGCCAGCUAAACAUUGUAAAACAGAAAUCCUCAUCAGGUUAUGGGCUAAAGGCAUCAUUUGUCAAUGCAGAUGUACGUGAGAUGGCAUACCAUCUCUCUUCCUAUUUAAAGAUUACUUGUGACCGUCUGGCUAAUCAAAUUCCACUGAUAGUCCAGUACCACAUGGUGGACCAAUAUAUCUCUCAGCUUCAGAAUGCAAUGCUUGCCAUGAUUGGAGGGAAAAAUCCAGGAAUGCUGCUCCGAGAAGAUUCUGGUGUUGCACGUAAAAGGAAAGAACUGAAAGAGAGACUGGAGCGCCUGAAGACUGCAGGCAAAGUCCUGUCCAAGUUUGUGCAUUCUGCAUAAUUGUGUGUAGCACUGUCACCUCACAGCAUGAAGAUCUCUUGGCUUGAGUCACAGCUGAGCUAGGAGGCUUUCUCUGU